AUGUUAGAUCCAAAGGCAAGAAGACCGAGUCUGUUUCCAAAUUACAAAGUUGGUGGACUAUCAUAUUCCUCUACUGAUCCUGUGUACAGCCCUCUACCAUUUGUGAAGGACAACUGGAUCAAACAGUGGAGCUCCUUGAAUGAUAUAGAAGAAGAUAUUUAUGAUCCAUAUGCUGGUGAGGAUGAAGAAGAUGACGUAUUCUCACCGCCAGUGUUCUCAUCACCAGUCAAGAACUGUGUACUGAACAUCAACGUGGGUGGCAAGUCCUAUCAUAUUGCUCAGGGGGUGGUCGCCAGAUAUCCAAAGACUAGACUUGGCAUGCUCGCUACCUUCAAGGACCACUGCAAGAAGCUAGACCUCUGUGAUGAUUACACUGUUACAAACAAUGAGUACUUUUUCGACCGGGACCCAAACGUAUUCAACAGCAUCUUUAAUUUCUACAGGACUGGAGUGCUCUGGAUUAAAGACGAACUGUGUACACGGAACUUUCUGGAGGAAAUAAACUACUGGGGAGUUCGUAUCAAGAACUCCCAUCGCUGCUGCCGCAUCAUGUUCGAGGAAAGACAAGAUGAUCUCAAUGAGCAAUUGAAAAUUCAGAAGGAGCUUCUGGCUGAGGUAGAUGUUGAGGAAAACGAAGAGGCAUUUCAGAACAUGAUAAUGGGAUCCCUGCGGCAAAAGGUCUGGAAUUUAAUGGAGAAUCCCUUCUCCUCAGUGCCUGCCAAACUCAUUGCAGUAGCUUCAAGCAUGUUUGUGCUGAUGUCACUAGUAGCAAUGACAUUGAACUCCGUAGAGGAGAUGCAGUACAGGAGCCCAACAGGCCAACUGAGUGGGAAGACUCAUUGUGAAUAUGUUGAGGGUGCCUGCCUUGUCUUUUUCACUAUGGAAUAUCUUCUACGUCUAGUCUCAACACCAAACCUGAAACACUUUGCCAAAAGUAUGCUGAACACAGUGGAUCUGAUCGCCAUUCUGCCACAUUACCUGCAAAUUGCCCUGGAAUGCUUUGACAGCCAGGACCUGGUCAAACCUGGCAGUGACCUGAAGACAGUGGGUCAGGUGGGCAAGUUAGGUCAGGUGAUGCGUAUUAUGCGGCUAAUGCGCAUAUUCAGGAUCCUCAAACUUGCACGCCACUCAACAGGGCUGCGAGCUUUUGGCUUCACCCUGAGGCACACUAGUUAUCAGCAGGUCGGGUGCUUGCUCCUCUUCAUCGCCAUGGGCAUCUUCACCUUCUCCGCUAUGGUCUACUCCGUUGAGCAUGACGUCCCUCGGACUAACUUCACCAGCAUUCCACAUGCAUGGUGGUGGGCUGCAGUUAGUAUUUCAACUGUAGGAUAUGGAGAUGUAUACCCAGAGACUGUGUUUGGGCGGAUCUUUGCUUUCGGCUGCAUUUCUUUAGGAAUAAUAUUGAAUGGUAUGCCAAUAUCUAUGCUCUUCAACAAGUUCUCAGACUACUAUUCAAAGCUCAAGUCCCACGAAUACACUGCAAAUGAAAAGAACAGAGGGAAACUGAGGUUUGCCAAAAGGGCGAAAAGAAGAAUGGCUGAAAUAUGCAAAAACAGCAUUUCCUAUAACACCAUCUAA